AUGCACGCGGUAUCGACUUUUGCGCUCGCUCUGGGCGCUGCUUCUCUCGCAGCCGCUGGUCCGGCCAAGAUCGAGGCUCGCGCGACCAGCAGCUCCAGUGCGUCUGCUUCUGGAACAGCCUCGACUUCGCUUCCGACAGUCACAACCAAGGGCAAUGGUAUGAGAGCAAACCGACAACGCAUCGAGUCGUGUACUGACCAAAGCCAGCCUUCUUCAAGGGAGAAGAUCGAUUCUACAUUCGCGGCGUAGACUACCAGCCUGGUGGGUCUUCCGAGACCACAGAUCCUCUAGCCGACUACAGCACCUGCUCGCGUGACAUCCCAUACUUCAAGAAGCUUGGCUUGAACACCAUUCGUGUGUACACGGUGGACAACAGCAAGAACCAUGACGAAUGUAUGAAUGCUCUCGCUGAGGCAGGCAUCUACCUCGCUUUGGAUGUCAAUACUCCCAAGUACUCUCUGAACCGCAAUACCCCGGCCGAAUCGUACAACCCGACUUACCUUCAGAGCCUCUUCGCUACGGUCGAUGCUUUCGCGGGCUACACCAACACCCUGCUCUUCUUCAGCGGCAAUGAGGUCAUCAACGCCAAGAACAGCACGACGGCGGCACCUUACGUGAAGGCUGUCACUCGCGAUCUGAGACAGUACAUCGGAGAGCGUGGCUACCGCUCCAUCCCAGUCGGCUACUCUGCCGCAGACGUCUCGACCAACCAAUACCUCAUGGCACAGUACAUGGACUGCGGCGAGACCGCGUCCCGCAGUGAUUUCUACGCCAUCAACAACUACGAAUGGUGCGAUCCCUCCUCGUAUUCCGAAUCCGGCUGGAGCGCCCUCGUCGACAUGUACGGCAACUACUCCAUUCCUCUCUUCAUGUCCGAGUACGGCUGCAUCACCAACACCCGCAAAUUCACCGAGACCGCUGAGCUCUACAACGAGGAAAUGACCAAAGCUUUCUCCGGCGGUCUGGUAUACGAAUACUCCCAAGAAGGAAACGGAUACGGUAUCGUCACCAUCUCCGGCGACACCGUCACUCCAGUCGGCAACCAAUUCGACUGGCUACAAGCUGCUUUCUCCAACGCCUCGGACCCAACCAACGGCGGUGGCUAUUCCACCACUGGUAAAGUGCAAGACUGCCCUGCGCAGCAAGACGACUGGGACACUUUGCCUUUUACUGGCAGCGCCCUUCCCGCCAUGCCCACUGGUGCAGAGAAGUACAUGAAGAGCGGAGCUGGUACUGGUCCUGGUCUCUCUGGCGAUGGAUCGCAGGAUGCCAGUGGCGGUAGCUCUUCGACUGCAUCUGCCAACGCGGGCGCUGUCUCUACUACUUACGGUAAUGGUUUAGCCUCGUCUACUGGUUCUUCCAGCAGUUCGUCGAGCAGCAGCGCUGCGGGACCUUCGCCGAGAUUGGCACCUACCGACUUCGCGCCGCUGGCUUGUGGAGCUGUGGUCUUUGCUUCGAUGGUCUUUGGAGCCGUCUUGUUGUAG